GCAUAACGCGAAACAUCAGGGGUCGACGAGAUCGCAGAUAUGGACUUCGGAGCUGGGAUGGAUUCCUAAGAAGAUAUAGCAGAGCAAGACGAUGUGAAUGAAGCGUGAAAGAGCCGCGGAGGGGGUUGGUGGGCGAACGAGGACCGCGGGACGUCUUCGGCAAAGCACGGGUUCGCCCAUCCCUAUGAAUGAAGCAUCUCACCUCUACGGUGUUCGACCGAGGCAAGAUACCACGGUGCUGCCAUCGUUAAGGAGAUGGGCAUGUAGAGAGAGGAUAGCUGUGGCAUACUCAAUCUCUACAUUCUCCUCAUUUCCUUUCUUACUUGUUAUUUGUUAUUUUGCCGUCUUUGGUCGGAAGUCGGCGGAACUUGGAGCCCGCAGGCACCAGGUGCUUGCAUACCAUCAAUCUUGCCUUGCCGUACAUACAAGAGAUCAACCGUCUCAACUCUCUGAUUAUCAAGAGACCAUUCCUCUCCUCUUCUCUUCCUCCUCCCAACCACUGUCCCGCUCUCAGCGCUCUAUCUUUUUUCCCUUUCUCUCUAUCCUUUCUCUCUAUCAUUCUCUCUUCUCUCUCUUCUGCCGACAAGCAAUUGCCACAUCGGCAACAUCAUCAUCGGCCCGCCCCUCGAAUGUUUCGGAUGAAGGAGCUGCCUAAGUCCGCCCCUCCCUAAACCCAAGAACAUUCAACAUCCUCCCAUGGUUGUCGAGAGGUGGUCUCACUGCCUCUCACGAUCUUCACGCCUUCAAAUUGUUUCGCUCAUCUAGCCUGCCG